AUGUCGUUCAUCACACGGGAAUACAAGUUUGAGAGCAGCAAGGUGAUGGAGCCGAAAUCAGAUCAGCACACGAUGGCCAUGCGGAGUCUGAGGAAACUGGUCAAACCCCUUCUGCGGCUGGUGAAGAAGAAGCAGUUGCUCCGGAAGACUCUGGCCGAGAUCCAGAACCAAAACGCAGUCAACGCCUCGCUGGAGGACAUGCGCAAAGACCCGGCGGCCAGUUGCGAUAACAUGGCCAACGAGGAGCUGGAGCAGCGACUGUACACCGAUCUCCGCCAGUGCCCCACCAACGUGGCCAUGAUCGUGCAGCAGGGUCAGCAACAGAGCAUCGUGCCCGUUCAUCCGGAGCAGACCUUCAUCCCGGUCCACUUCGCCCGCACCACCAGCGGCACCUUCUUCUGGACUUCGGCCGAGGGAGCUCGUCAGCACCACGAGCAGCAGUUGCGCCAGCAGUUCGACCGUUGGGUUCAGGCCUAA